CGCUAGAUAUAGAUAUAUAAGAACGUUUUGAUUUAUAUCUUCGAAUGAAAUAAACCAACAUCAAACCAAGCCAUUUUUUCUUCUCCCUUGUAGCAAUGAAACACCACUCCUUGUCAUUUAAAUGGCUUCUUCUGAUUUUCCUCACACACUCAACCCUUCUCACCGCAACACACUCGUUGACAAUUCCAAGGAUGAGUCCAAUUCCUGAAUGGGAAACAACACUACACAACCACCCUGCAAUUAAUACAGAGGAAGUGAAAACAUUUUACUUCAAACAGGUUCUGGAUCACUUCAACUACAGGCCAGAAAGCUACACAACGUUUCAACAAAGAUAUCUAAUCAAUUUCAAGUACUGGGGUGGUGCCAAUUCUAGUGCUCCCAUAUUUGCAUACUUUGGUGCUGAAUCACCAAUUGAUAACUCCCCUAAUGGCGUGGGAUUUUUAACUGAUAACGCUGCUUCCUUCAAUGCCCUCUUGGUAUACAUAGAGCACCGGUAUUAUGGGAAAUCAGUGCCAUUUGGAUCCAGGGAAGAAGCAUUGAAGAAUGCAAGCACUAUUGGGUAUUUCAACUCAGCUCAAGCCUUGGCAGAUUAUGCAUCAAUACUCAAACAUGUAAAGAAGACAUUACACGCCAAAAAUUCCCCAGUGAUUGUAAUUGGAGGAUCAUACGGUGGAAUGCUUGCUUCAUGGUUUAGGCUCAAAUAUCCCCACCUGGCGAUUGGUGCCCUGGCCUCAUCAGCUCCAAUCCUAUACUUUGAUAAAAUUACACCACAAAAUGGUUACUACUCUACUGUCACAAGGGAUUAUCGAGAAGCCAGUGAGACAUGUUAUGAAACUGUACUAAAGUCUUGGUCUGAAAUCCGCAGAAUAGCUUCUCAACCAAAUGGUCUAGUCACUCUCAGCCAGAGAUUCAACACUUGCCAUACAUUAAACCAAUCUUAUGAAUUAAUCGACUACCUAAGGUCGACGUAUGUUUAUGCGGCUCAAUAUAAUCAACCACCAAGAUACCCAGUUAGUAUGAUUUGUGGUGGCAUUGAUGGAGAAUCUCUUGGAAGCGAUAUCCUAAGUAAGAUAUAUGCAGGUAUUGUGGCUCUUAGGGGAAACAGCACAUGCAAAGUUAAUGGCCCAACUAAUGUAUCUGAGACAACUGUGGGAUGGAGAUGGCAGACAUGUAGUGAAAUGGUAAUACCCAUCGGCAUUGGAAAUGAUACAAUGUUUGAGCCUAUCCCUUUUAACCUAACGAGGUAUGCCGAAGGGUGCAAGGAACAAUAUGGUGUCUCACCUCGCCCUCAUUGGGUCACUACUUACUAUGGAGGCCAUAAUAUUAAAUUGGUCCUUCGAAGAUUGGGUAGCAACAUUAUUUUCUCCAAUGGGCUAAGGGACCCAUAUAGUAUUGGCGGGGUUCUGGAUAACAUAUCAGACAGCAUCGUUGCCGUUCAUACAGUUAAUGGUUCUCAUUGCCUGGAUCUUCUGCGGGCAAAUCAAAGCGAUCCAGGAUGGUUGGUCGAACAACGAAAGAAAGAGGUCAAGAUCAUCAAAAGGUGGAUCACACAGUACUAUGCUGACCUUGAUGCACUCAAAGACAAGCCAAAAUUCCAGAGCAAAUGAUAGGGGAAAAUUAAACAAGUUGACAAACAUUGUAUUACGAAGGCUGUGCUCUGAAACUUUGGUGCAUCCACCAUAAUUUGCAACACUCCCAACCUUCAUAAUUUUAUUUUUUUUAUUGUUUAACGGUGUAAAGAAUUUUUACACUCAUUUAAUAAUCACAAACAUAUAUGAAUGAUAAGUUUAACGUCUUUUACAACAA